UCUCUGUAAUCUACAGGAUCUAUAUACGCGUAUACGAUUGAAGAACGUGACCUCGUACUGCCCUGUUCAUUGAAGAUCCUUACAGUAGGUGUCAUAGAUGGUUUUGAUGCCACACUACAGAGUACGUACUACGCCGAUCAUCUAGAAAGCUUUGACUACCGCGUCCCCUUGCGCUAUCAAGUUGGAUAGACGGGCGCAAGGCCUUUGCACCUUCAAAGAAGCUGCGGUAUCCCAAAACGCAAACUUAGGGUAAGCUGCAGUAUGAGUAACCAUUGUUCCAUUACCUUCUAUAUCUCCAUCUCAUCUAUGUCCGCCUAUAAGAGCCUUUUACCUAGCUCCCCGUUUCCCAGGCGCAGGUGGCACAAUAUUGGUGAGUCUGUGGAUGCGCGGGCAUAGGUGCGGGGCGGGCCGCAAGACUUGAUAAGCGCCCAUUUAUUUGCAGACCAACGCCAAGCCCUUGCCGCUCUUGACUGGCAAGUUAACAAUGAGUGGGCCAAUUUCCAACUGAUCCAUAGCGCCUGCUGAAACAGCCUGACUUUACCAUUCAUUCUAAUAACUAAGGCUGGAGCGGGGGAUGUGUAUCCUACCGCUCCUCGUCUGAAGUUUUCCCUUUGGUCUGACUCGAAAAUGUUCAUUUUCAAGGAAAACACUUUGCCUCAUCCCGCACUUGCUAUGUAUUCCUUAUGGCCGCUCACCUUCCUCGCCGCGUUCAGUGCGAGUAUCGAUGCCCUCAACAACAGCUAUUUCCUAGUACCUCCAGGUGGGGGACCCUUUGGGAAUUAUGAUGCCAAUUCAAAAUAUGAGGUCGGAAUGAACCUCAACAUUAAAUGGCAGUCAGACCUUGAGACAACGGACCUCGUAUUGCAGCAGGACUAUCCUGCGACGAGGAAGGCCUACGUGCUUAUAUCUGACACGAAGUCCAAAAGUGUCAACUGGGAAGUGAGCUUCUACAAUUUCGCGACUAGCGAUGGCAAUGGCAAUGACGCUGUAUUCUAUCUGACACUGUUCGGUGCCGGACAUGACGAUACGAUCAUUACAACUUGCCACUAUUUCAACAUCACUGUCCCUAAGGUGUCGUCGACAACGAGUGCGCCCACAGUCAACCCUACUUCAACAUCAUCAUCACCAUCAUCAACAUCAUCAUCACCAUCAUCGUCAUCACCAUCAUCAUCAUCAUUAGCAGCAGCAGCAGCGACAGAAGCAGCAGCAACACCACCAACUUUAGAGCCGGAACCAAACCCCCACCCGGGACCGUCCACUGGAACAGUUGCAGGUAUUGCAGUCGGCGCGACACUUGCUGGUCUUUUGGUACUCGGUGGACUGGGAUUCCUUGUCUGGAGACAUUUUUCUAAAAAGAAAUCUACCGGGCAAUGCACGUUAGGCCACCAAGCUCCUCCGCCAGUCGAGGAAUACUAUAAGCCUCCAGUAGCGGGUAGAGGAUGGAAUCAGUUCUCACCGCCUCCCCAGACUCUUGCAGAGGAUCCUAGAGGUCUCUACGAGGUUCCUAGACAGCCCCUGUCGCGUUCUCAGGGUCCUAAUGGGAUUUAUGAGGCAGCUUGACCGCAGAGAGGAGCAGCUGGAAAGAAUCAAAAGACGGUCCGGCCGAGGUCGUCAUCCAUGUAGUAUAGAUCGGGCUUAGGUAAACGACGAGGUAGGAAGGUGUUUUUUCUUCGGUAUAGCAGCAUUGAUAUUAAAUCAGGUUAUUCGCAGUUCUUUUGCAAAUGUCCAGAUACCCUCUACUAUCUAGUAUCUAAUGAUCCCAUGCUAUUCUAGGUCUAUUUAAGAUAAUGUAUCUAUUUACUAAAAUAAGACUUAAAUAAGAAGAG